AUGGAGGAGCUACUGGCUGCUAGGUCGUGUCUCCGCACAAAGGCUACUAAAGCGUGCAACGAUCUCCGAUCAUACCGGGAAGGAGAUCGGGCCUCCCUAGAUCAGGACCAGCUUGCCCUCAAACUCCAUCAUGUGGAGAAGAUCCAUGCUGAACUACAGGCUGUUCAGGUUCAGCUGGACAAACAGGGUCAAGCCGAUGAGACGGAUCAUGUUCAGACUCUAGAGGAUGAGGCUUUCCUCGGUUCUCGCCUUUUGACUCGCCUCGAGAAGGCAGAGGAGGCCCAGUUCAGGGCAGAGUCGAUGAAGGCAGCUGGUAGCGCCGAUUUGAAAUCAUCUCUCACCGUGGCGAUUCCCACAUUCGAUGGUGAUGUGAUGAGAUGGCCCGAGUUCUGGGAACUGUUUUCGAUUGCUGUGCACGACAACCAGUGCUAUGCCAACGUUCAGAGAUUCGUGGUCCUCAAGUCGCAUCUUGCCGGAGCGGCAUUGAGGGCCAUUCAGGGCAUCCCGGUCACGGGUGACGGGUAUGUGCAGGCGGUGUCAGCUCUGAAAGCGCGAUUUGACCUCGAGAAUGUGCGACGGGAGACUCUCUUGAAGGAGCUGAUGAACAUGUCAUCAGUCCGCCACGGUGACUUGAAGGCCAUGCGAUCCUUCAUAGAUCACCUGUCUGCGCGCACGAGAGCUCUCAGCACUCUGGGUGUCUCCUCAGAGAGCCUAUCCAGCCUGCUGCUGCCCAUGGUGAAGGGCAAUAUCCCGGAAGACUGGCGUCUGGAGUGGGCCCGGCGAUCGAGUCACCACUUUGAUGACUUCCUGGUGUUUUUGAAGGAGGAGAUUCGGGUCAGAGAGCUUGCUAGGGGCCCGAAUAGUGAAUGCUCUGCUGUUGACCCACCAGCAACGUUCUCGGUGACCACCAGAGACCUCGACUCUGAACACCUGGCCAGGGAAUGUCUGGGCAGUCCGUGUGCUGAGCGUGGCCGCCAGCAUCACUCGCUGCUGCAUGAUGCGGAGCUUGGAACGCAGCAUUCACCCUCAGCAGUUUCUGAGUUGAGCCCUGAUGCUGAACCACUCCAGCCUCCUGAGCCUCCUGCUCCGGGUACUUGUGCAGAGGCUCAGACACACGGUGUUGAGCUGUCCAGCCGUCACCGAUAUAAUGUCAGCUCUACAGGAAAGAGCUUCUUGCAAACCGCUGCUGUUGUGGCAGCAGGUCCCAAUGGCCGCACGCCGGCACGUGAUCUCCUUGAUGGAGGAUCUGACGCCUCCUAUGUCAGGAGCUCCCUGGCUCUGGAGCUGGGACUACCUGAUAAGGGCUCCGACACAUUUGCCUGUAUCGGGUUCCAUGAGAGAACCGAGCAGCCUUGCGCCUAUGAUCGAGAUGAGGUUGAUAUUGAAAGUCGUUUCGGUGGACCGUCAGUCAAACUUGACAUGAAGAGCACAGACGUGCUGUGCUCACCACCCCCAACUGCUCAGCCGCCUCGGUUGCCGUCUGAGAUCCAGACGGCUGAUGAUUUCCGGGGCGGUGAGGUUGACGUCCUCGUAGCGGCUGAUGACGUGCAUCAGGUCGUCCUACAGGAUCAGUUGGAGGCUGAUGGGCUGAGAGCCAUCGAUACUAUUUUUGACUAUGGGCUGAAAGGUGGAGACAGUGAUGGUCCCCACACGAGCCAGUGCCCUUCUAGUCGGCCCGAUGCUGCUGACUGGGACGCGAGCCCAACUGGCAUUCAUGGAAAGGAGAUGUGCGACUCACACUCAAACCCGCAGCUGAUGAGUGAGAAGCUGCAUGAGCCGCCCCCGAUCUGGGGCUCUGACGAGAGGCCGACAUAUGGCCGCUGCUCCCGGCCGUCGUGGUGCCGUGAGGCGCCCUCGAUCGUCGGCCUCCGACCCAUCCCGUCGGUGCAGAGGAAGCACCCCGGCGGAAUCUGGCGGUGGCAUCGGUGGCGCCGUCGAGGGUGA